AAAUAAACUAAGUCACUUCUAAAAAUGGCAGUUAGGGUUUCUUACAAGCUUCUCCUCCUGGCUUUUCUUCUCAUUGCCUUAAUUUCUUCUCCUGCUCAAGCACGAAGCAAAGAAGUCGUGAGGAAUAGAAAACUAUUGGUUGGGGAGAAGGAGCAAGAGACUCGGAACUCAAGGCAAGACGGAGGAGGAAGUGAUGGUUAUGGAUUGGUGGAUAUGGAUUAUAAUAGUGCGAACAAGAAAAGACCGAUACACAACCGCUAAUAAACACAUAUGGUCAUGAGCUUAUCAAUUUCUUGUGAGAUAUCCAAAGAUUCUAUGAUAUCCUGAGAUUUACAUGAUCCAUUCAACAGAAAUUACCAUCAAGUAUUGAGAAUGUAAAAUAUUUUAUAUAUCAACAUAUAAAAUAUAAUCGAGUUUGUAUACAUUAGUAUAAUUGAGUUUGAAUGGAUAAAUAAAUAUAAACGAUUCUAUAUAACAAUCAUAGUUUGUGUGUGCUUUAUGUAUGUAUUGUAUCAUUGGUUUCUGUUUGUGAGAAAAUCUCAAUGGACAUGUAUAUUGUGUAUAUAGGGGGACUUUCAAUAUCUUCUUUU